AUGAGCACCACCGCACACAAUAUUCUCGAUAUUGAAGACGCUCUAGUGUCUGAUGAAAACCCGGCCCGUAAUAAUGGCACUUUAGACUAUGAGCGCUGCGCCAGACUACACAACUACCUGGCCGCACUUGGCUGGAUGGCCCGCAACGGAAAAGAGACGCCCGACCUUGAUGCCUUAGCUGCCGAAAAGCAUUUCUUCUCUGAAGGGAACGAUGAGGUCGAAACUAUUCGGGAGCGUCUUGAUAUACCGCUUAACAAGUUUCUGGAUUUGGUCUAUGACCCUUCGGACUUUUUCUACUGGGUUAACGGUCUUGCGAUGAUGCUUGCCGACGAAUUCUUCAUUGUUGAUGAAAAUGAAUGGGAGGAUUUCGAGCGAUUUGUUGUGAUUUACGACCUUAUUCCGGACCUAGGCGGGCAUAGUCUCGGUGUUGUUUAUGAUCAGCUACUCAAUCAAGCCUCAUUCCCAAUGACUAUAGACAAUAUGGACAGUGUAGAGCCUGUUGAAGAACACAUGGAAAUGUGGUUCCCCCUAGAGACUAUCCUCACUCAAUGGAUCUACAUGACUCAGAUCGGUAGGGCUGUUCCUGGACUUCCUGAAAGUCUCCCUUCCGGUGACCCCCCCGACGAAUAG